CUCCCUGCUCGGCGCACACCUCCUCCCUGACGCAUUUUGCCGCACAAGCUGUAAUAUGGCGGCAGCGACAGCGGCCUCGGCUCUCGGGAGCUAGGUUCUUUUGGAUGCUUCCAAACCGAGAGACUGAGCGCUGCAACGUGGAGUACAUUCCUUGGGCCAUGAGACGCUCUCUUUUUUGUUUGUUUUUGAUCACCAGUACAUCUAAGAAGUAAUAGAGUGUGGAGCUAAAUCCAGAAAGAAUAAGGAACAAAACGAUUGACUCAGUUAUCCUUGGUGGGUUUUCGUUUUUUAUUGUUUCCCCUAAACUGAAAGACUGAAGUGUCGGAACCAUGGGAAUAAAGGUUCAGCGUCCUCGAUGUUUUUUUGACAUUGCCAUUAAUAAUCAACCUGCUGGAAGAGUUGUCUUUGAAUUAUUUUCCGAUGUAUGUCCCAAAACGUGUGAGAACUUUCGUUGUCUUUGUACAGGUGAAAAGGGGACAGGGAAAUCAACUCAGAAGCCAUUACAUUAUAAGAGCUGUCUCUUUCAUAGAGUUGUCAAGGAUUUCAUGGUUCAGGGUGGUGACUUCAGUGAAGGGAAUGGAAGAGGAGGAGAAUCAAUUUAUGGAGGAUUCUUUGAAGAUGAGAGUUUUGCUGUUAAACACAACAAAGAGUUUCUCUUAUCAAUGGCCAACAGAGGGAAGGAUACAAAUGGCUCUCAGUUCUUUAUAACAACGAAACCAACUCCUCAUCUAGAUGGGCAUCAUGUUGUCUUUGGGCAAGUGAUCUCUGGUCAGGAAGUUGUGAGAGAGAUCGAAAACCAGAAAACAGAUGCUGCUAGCAAACCGUUUGCUGAGGUUCGGAUACUCAGUUGUGGAGAGCUGGUUCCCAAGUCUAAGGUUAAGAAAGAAGAAAAGAAAAGGCAUAAGUCAUCAUCUUCGUCGUCGUCCAGUGAUUCAGAUAGCUCAAGUGAUUCUCAGUCCUCCUCUGAUUCUUCUGAUUCUGAAAGCGCUUCUGAAGAAAAAUCCAGAAAAAGGAAAAAGAAACAUAGGAAAAAUUCCCGAAAGCAUAAGAAGGAGAAGAAGAAGAGAAAGAAAAGCAAGAAAAGCCCGUCCAGUGAAAGUGAAGCAGACAAUGUUGAUGCACAGCCCCAAUCUACUGUCCGUCCAGAAGAGAUCCCACCUAUACCAGAAAACAGAUUCCUAAUGAGGAAGAGUCCUCCUAAAGCUGAUGACAAGGAAAGGAAAAACAGAGAGAGAGAAAGAGAAAGAGAGUGUAACCCACCUAACUCCCAGCCUGCCUCAUACCAGCGACGAUUCUUAGUUACUAGGUCUGGCAGGAAGAUUAAAGGAAGAGGACCAAGGCGUUAUCGAACUCCUUCCAGAUCCAGAUCGAGGGAUCGAUUCAGACGAAGUGAGACUCCUCCACAUUGGAGACAAGAGAUGCAGAGAGCUCAGAGAAUGAGGGUGUCAAGUGGUGAAAGAUGGAUCAAAGGGGAUAAGAGUGAGUUAAAUGAAAUAAAAGAAAAUCAAAGAAGCCCAGUUAGAGUAAAAGAGAAAAAAAUAACAGAUCAUAGACACAUGUCUGAGAGUCCAAACAGAAAAAUAGAGAAGGAAAAGAAAGUUAAAGACCAUAAAUCUGAAAGCAAAGAGAGAGACAUCAGAAGAAAUUCAGAAAAAGAUGAUAAAUAUAAUAAAAACAAGGUGAAGAAAAGGGGCAAAUCCAAGAGUAGGAGCAAGAGCAAGGAGAGAUCCAAGAGUAAGGAGCGAGACUCAAAGCACAGUAGACACGAAGACAAGAGGGUGAGGUCCAGAAGUAAAGAAAGGGAUCAUGAGACUACUAAAGAAAAAGAAAAACAGUUGGAUUCUAAAGGGAAAGAUCAGGAAAGGAGUAGAAGCAAAGAGAACUCCAAACAGGUAGAAUCGAAAAGUAAUGAACAUGAUCAUAGUAAAAGUAAAGAAAAGGAUAGACGUGCACAGUCUAGGAGUAGAGAACGGGAUCUAACUAAAAGCAAACACAGUUACAACAGUAGAACAAGGGAGCGAAGCAGAAGUAGGGACAGGAGCAGAAGAGUGCGGUCCAGAAGCCAUGACCGAGAUCGCAGCAGAAGCAAGGAGUACCAUAGAUACAGAGAACAGGAGUAUAGGAGGAGAGGAAGGUCACGAAGCCGGGAUCGAAGAACACCAGGACGAUCGAGAAGUAAAGAUAGGAGGAGAAGAAGGAGGGAUUCCCGGAGCUCAGAGAGAGAAGAAAGUCAAAGUAGAAACAAAGAAAAAUAUAGAAGCCAAGACAGUAAGAGUUCACACAGAAAAGAAAAUUCUGAGGGCGAGAAAAGAAUGUACUCUAAAAGUCGUGAUCAUAGUAGCUCAAAUAAUAACAGGGAAAAAAAAGCUGACAUAGAUCAAAGUCCAGUGUCCAAAACAAAGCAAAGCAGUCAGGACAAUGAAGUGAAGUCCUCCACGUUAAAAAAUCAAGAGGAUGAGAAGACCAGAUCCCCAGUGGAGAAAGAAAACCAAAAAUCAAAGGGUCAAGAAAAUGACCAUGUACAUGACAAAAAUAAAAAGUGUGAUCAUGAAUCGAGCCCCGGAACAGAUGAAGACAAAAGCGGAUGAGUGAGUUGUGUACACUUAUUCCUUCCUGUCUCAGAGUCUACGUUUUCAAGAGCCUCCCUCCCUCCCUUGCUGUUUUCAUUGUUUUGGAGUUGUUUUAUGUUUGUGUCCCCCCACCCCACCCCACCCCUUUUUUUUUAAUGUGGACUUUAUUGAGUUGAUCUUUUGAUAAUCUGCUACCUGGAUAAUUUGUACUGCUACAGUUUUAAUAAACUUGAAAUGAAAAGCAAAACAAGGCUUUGGUGUAGUACUGUGUGCUUGUUAAGCUCCUGUGCAGUCAUUUUCGUGCUGCAGCAGUCCGCAGCAGCCGACUCUGCUUAGUCAGCCACUUGGAAACAACCUCAACCGUGGGUUGCAGUACAUUGUUAUACAGGCUGUGUUUCUUUUGAUACAAAUCCCUUUAGAAACCACUUGAAGUUUUGUAUAGCCUUUUGAGUUUUGGUUUUUCAUUUCUAAUUCAUAGGCUUAUAGCAGUUUCUCGAAUUAACAGAAGCAGGAUCCUUAUAUGUGAUCUCAAACCUUCACUUGAUUUUACAGUUAUUUGUGCUUUAGUUGCUUUUUUGUGCUUUAUACCUUACACUUUACAAUUCCAGCUGUAGCUUGUUCCUUACUAUUGUCCAUGUUGCUCUGUGAGCUGUAAGAAUGAGGUGAAUGCUGUUUUCAGUUCGUGUGGUGAUUGAGCUUGAGUUGCUGUUAUACAGCAUUUGACAGAAAUUAGACCCUGGAAGACCAGACUGUAAUUCUCAAUUCUUUGUUGUUUUUGGUGGGAAGAGCUGAAAUUAUUGCUUUUUUAAAACAUGUUAUUACCUUUUUCUACAAUUUAAAAAAUUCAUUUCUCAUUAAAACAUACUACUUGUGUAGGUCCUUCUUAAGCUAGACAGAUUCUAAAAAGCAUUAGUAUUGGAAAAUACGAUUUCCCUAUUUUGGCUAUUAGCCUAUAUCACAUGGAGUGUUAAUUCUGCAUGAUUUGGGUUUUGUUUUUAAACUUGGACUGACUUCUCUAAUUCUCAUAGCUGUUAAUCUGAAAUGUCAAGAAGAUGCAUCUCUCUAUAUCUGUACCAUGAUAGGCUGUAGCAUGUUUGUGACUCUGGUUUUUUCUGUUCAGAUGGCUUUAGACCAGUUUAUUGUUAACAUUAUUUUACCUUGGCAUGUAUAACAUUGCCAUAUAGAUUAGAAUAGAACGUUGCAAAAUAUACCGUACAGAGUUAAACACUAAACAUAGCCAAAGUCCAUUCAGAAUUUUGUGUGUUGUAUUUUACUAUUUUUGUGAUGUGUGGUCUUUUAUUCUGUAAUAUCCUUCUAAAUAAAACAUUGAACAUCCAGCAAAUACAAAACCUGCCUCAUUUGAGAAAUAUUUCAAAAAUCCCAUUACCAGUAGCCUUUAGAAAGUUUUGUACUCUAAUAGUUGUCAGUAUAGUGUCAACUCUCACCAAGGUAGCUUCUUGGUAAACCCAGUAGCUUUCAGUGAUAUUUGUACUGAAUAAAGUGAUGCUUGAUAUACUUCCCAUUGUUGAUUAUCAUGGUGAGAUAUAUUUGGCAUUGUAGCUGGUACAGAAUGAAGAGCGCAGUGAUUGUAGAGCUAUUUGGAACAUCCUAAAGCAAAUACCCACAAUGGAUUCUUUACAAAUUGUUUUUCUUGAUGGGAAAAAUUAAUAUAUACACGAUCUGUUACAUGUCUUAAACAAGGUGAUUAUGUCUUAAACUCAGUUGUGUCUUAAAAUAUAUCCCAAACUACCUGAUCUUUAAAAAAGGACUUUCAACGAAUAUUUUAAAGUCCAGAUAAAGUAAAAUUACUUUUUUUUCCUGAUCUAGAGUUUUACCUGUUAACAUAGACAUUAUAAACAGGACUUUCCAGUUCUUUGGGAAAGUAGACAUGGGAGAGAAGUAGUAAUGUCUGUAAAUCCUCCAAGAGAGCAACUCAGUGCUGAGCAAUUAUGGGCUCCCCCGACUCCUGCUUUGUUAGUUGUUUUUUUUUUUCUUCAACACCAUAAGGGGGUAAAGAGUUGAGAGAAGACAAUCACCUAGAUUUUUUUUCAGAAUAAAAAGUGCAUCUAAAAAACCAUUCAACAGCAUUAAUUGUACCCCAAGAUUUCCAGUUAUCUAAUUGCACAAAGCUCAAGUCUUUGUUUUAGAACUUAUGCUAGUAGGUUUUUAGUUAUUUGCACAACAUAUUCCCAAAACUAUUUCCUAUUUCAAUUUUUCCAUCAUACUAGCAUUAUAGGAAUAUCUAAAUUUACAGUUAAUUUAUGAUUUUUCUUAAUACCCUUUGAAAGUAGACACACAAAGAGAUCAGUAGAGAAAGUGAGGCUACUGUCAGCCUUGUAGCUGAUACAGAAUGGGUCAGUGCAGUCGAGACAAGACUUAGUCUUGGAAUAGAUAUCCACAGUGAGUUUUGACAGUAAGGAAGCCACUGCUUGUUUUAAAGCACUCUUUGACUUACCGUUAUGCUCUCAUAGAACUAGCAUUAUUAAACUUUAUUGGAUCCCUUAGAAUUUGUCAAGAACUAAUCUGCUAGUUCUUCUUUGCCCCAGUGUGAUGCAGCUGCUCCCUGGCUUUGCUCGUAUCCAGUGGUAGGUGUUAAGCUAGGAACCUUCUUGUUCUCGAUAGGCACAUGCUGGGUUUCUGGUAUUUUGGAUAAUAGUAUUAGCUGCUGAUUCUACUUUAUUUUCUAGUGACUGUUUAGAGCAAUUAAUUGAUACCUUGUUCCAUGUGGUAAUAGCUUUCAUCACGGAACCUUUUUUUUUUUGUAAAUUUCCCAGAAGGAACUUAAGAGUUAACUGAUUGGUAUAAAGAAACUAAAUGGGCAUUUUUCUGUCUUGUUUCUAUUUACUGUAAUUAUUCCUUGUCGGGUUAUGCAUUAACAAAGUCUCUGUGUAGUUUGAUAAACUUUAAUUGUAAGAUUAUUUUUUAAACUGUUGUUUUAACAAAUAAAAUAGAUCCCAAGGCAAUGCAGUGCUGAUUGCCAUCACUGCCUGGGGUGGGCUUCUCUUCUGUUGAAGGGAUUGCCUGCUGUAUGACAAAUCAACAAAUCACAUUCUGUUUUUGAAUAAAAUACAAACAAACAAACUGGCUACCCAGGCCAAAGAAGGAGGUGUUAGGGUUUUGUUCAUCUGCUCUCCUGACUCACCCCGAGUGCUGGGGGACGUAAGGGCACUCAUUGAUUUGUGUUUCUGUCUGCUUUGGGUUUUCUUUUAUAUGCGAUUCCAUGUUACUAAGAGCACAUGCUCUGUAUUUUCUGCCCUCCCCUCUUUGUGUGUUCAUAGUAUUUUUGGAAGACUGAUACAUAAAUUGGGUAUUUCUAUGGGAAUCUUAAGGCGUGGCUGCUCUCUGUGGAAGGGGAAAGCAUAAUUAAGUUAAUGCACUUCUUUUCCUAGCUCCAAAGUCACUGUGAUGUAUAUUUUUUUAAUGGAAUUUAGAAAACUUGUUUUCUCAAUUGUAAAAUUAGUUUAAAAUGCUGCUUCUCUUAUCAUUAGUCUAGUAAAUGUUGAACUGUUUUCUGCAAAUUGCAUUUUACAAAACUUAAACUUCAAAACUGUAUUCUUUUAUAGUUAAACAUUGUAUUAAAUAAAGUAUACUAUAAUAAACAA